AAACCAGCGAUCGAUGACCUGGUCUUGAUUGAUUGAUGGCAAGCCGUGUGGAGACACGAACGAAACAACAAUAUUUUUUCUUCCCAAGUGUUUUCGACUCUCUUCUAAGCAAAGUUUGAUGGCUGACAACACAGCGGAAACUGCUCUAAAAUAUCUAMGAGAUCCUUCAGUUGUGGUUGGMAUUGGCGCCGUAGCUGCGUCUCUCCUGUAUAUGGCGACUAGACCUUCUCCAACUUGCUGCCCCGUCGAUUCCACUCAACAAUCCAUUGAAAUCCCAAAUGACAACUAUGCUCGGCGUAGUGCCCUGUGUGAAGAAAUACUUGAAACUCUUUUUGAUGAUUGCACCACAACACAUGAGGUUUUCCUCCGAGGAGCUAAAAUAUCAGGUGACAAGCCUUGUCUUGGUCAACGAGGCACACCAGACGGCCCAUUUGAAUGGAUAACAUACAAUGAAACAGGAACUAUUGGCCCUAACGGAGAAAAGGUUGGUUUCUUUAGCUUCCCAAAAGAUACAUCACUAAAGAAAGUCUGGCUGGCUAAGAUCAGAAGAGAUCCUGGUAAAAACUUUAACUUAAACGAGAAUACAAAAGUAUGCUCUCUCCACUUCGAACCGUGCGACAUCCAGAAAGGAUACAGCGGAAAAAUGUCUCUAAAAAGACGUAAUGAAGUAUUCCCCACUAAGUUUAACUGGCGUACUUCACCAAGAAAGCGACCGGCUCCUUCUAUGAGGAUGGAUCCAGUAAGAAAUAAUCGCGCGAAAAAAAAACUGGAAGUCGACGCAACCAUAAUAACAAGUAGCGCUUCUGAAGAAGGUCAUUCGGCUAGUGCUGUUGAGGAAGUUUCACUGAGUACUGCGACAGAAGAACCCUGUAAUGAAGAGAUUUUUCAAUUAAAACUACAAUUAGAAGAACAACAGAAACAAAUAGCCGCUUUGUGCAAAGAAAAGGACGAUUUGUUAAGUGAAGUCGAGCAUUUACAACAACAAUGCGCCGAACUCAAUGAGAAAUAUUUAAAGCUGAAGCCACGUGUUUUUUGUUUGGAAAAUCUUUCCGACGAUGCAACUAUUUGCUUUUAUACUGGAUUCCCAAAUCUAAGAACAUUCGAAGCUACAUUUAAGUACUUGAAUCCUGGAGAUAAUGGCAGAAAUAUUCGCUACUGGUUAUCUAAAGAUCAAAGUGUUGGCGAGGAUCACUACAACCCUGACAACAUGGUUCAGCAUAAUAAGCGUGGCCGUCCGAGACUCCUCACACCAAGAGAAGAAUUUCUUAUGGCGUUGUGUCGACUGCGGCAAGCAAUGCCUGUAAAACAUCUAGCAUUUCUUUUUGGCGUUUCAGAAACUACAGUAAGCCGCAAUUUUAUAUCGUGGAUUAAUUUUAUGUAUCUGCGUUUUGGACUUAUUAACAUUUGGCCCUCUAGAGAAGAUGUUCAUGCCGCAAUGCCCGAGGAUUUUAAGACGAAAUAUCCUAGCACUAGAGUUAUAAUUGACUGCACGGAAAUUAAAUGCCAAAUGCCGAGUAGCUUGCUUUUGAAUAGCCAAUUAUUUAGUUCUUAUAAGAACAAUACCACACUUAAAGGCUUAGUUGGUAUAUCACCCUCUGGAKCAAUUACCUACAUCAGUCAGCUGUACACUGGAAGCAUCUCAGAUAGAGCAAUAGUAGAGAGAUCAGGCUUCUUAGAUCUUCCCUUCACUGACAAAGACAGUGUUAUGGCAGACAAAGGGUUUACAGUUGAAGACAUUCUCCCUCUUGGUGUAUCCCUUAACAUCCCACCAUUCUUAGGGGGAGAUGAACAAAUGACACCAGAACAAGUGAUCAAAACACAAGAAAUAGCAAGCCUCCGUAUUCAUGUUGAGAGGGCAAUAAAUAAGAUAAAAAAUUUUCACAUUUGGGAUAGAUAUGUCCCUUUAUCCUUAUUUCCAGUUGUAAAUCAGAUGUGGACAGUAUGUGCUUUUCUGUGUAAUGUACAAAACCCAAUUUUAUCUUAA